UCAUCGCUUUCGUGGUUUUGAGGUCUGUAUAUAUCAUAUUAGGGUAUGUAUAUCAGUGUUAAUUUGAAGAAAUUAAGUGUGGUUAUGUUCGAUUAGUGUUGUGGAGUUAAGUUUGAAUUAGCUGCUGAUUGAUAUUGUUUUGGGCGUCGGAUUGCUGAUGGAACGGUUAAUUAUGAGGUCGGGGUCUAAUUUUGGAUAAUUGAUGUUGAACUGCAAGUUCGGAGAAGGUGGGCUGUGGGUUUGUUCGAUUUCUCGUGGUUGAUGAUGUCGAAAUAGCCGAAAUUAGAAUUGGUUGGUGUUGUCUUUAGCCUCGGACAGCUUUCUACUUCAAUUUCUGUUGAAACUGUCGUCAAUUGCUCUGGUUUCAAGUGUUCUUAUUGAAGACAGCUUCUCGCCGUCGUUUUUUAUGUGCCUGUCUGAGAUGACAACCGAAGGACAAGCCAUGCCAACCGUUUCUCUUCUUUCAAAUUUGCCACUGUAGAGAUUAUAUGGUAAAAGGAAAUUAGAAUUAAUUAGGUAAGAUAGAAUAAGGGUAAAUUAGGCACAAAAAAUAAAGAAUCUUGGCAUUAAUGAUUCGGAGUUUAAAAUUUGUAAUUUGAGUUUGCUUAUCCUAUGCCCUUAGGGCAUGUUUGGUUCACCGGAUUAGGUAGGGCACAGAUUAACUAUUCCGUACGGCUUAGAUUUUUUGUCGUUUGGUUCAACGGAAUGCGGAAUAGCUAUUCCGACUCGGGAUCCAUAUCCGGUUUACAUGCGAAAUAGGGGUGCCGCCCAUCACGGUCCAGAUUAGCUUAUCCGGAUGCGGAAAUGGAGGCGAAUGGACAAAAAUACCCUCAUCUUCUUUCGAUAAUUACAAUGCAUGCCAUCCCAUAAAAGCCUCGCUUCUCAGCGAUCGGACAUUUCCUCUCGGAAGAAAAUUGUAAACCCUAGCAGAGCUCCAGCCGUGCUCCCGAUUCGAACCUCCCCUGAGAGCUCUUCAACAUCAAUGUCGGCCAGACAUUGGGCAUAAGGAGUGCGACAUUCGGCAUAAGGAGUGCGUUCAAGUUUAAAAUUCACUAGAAGCAUCUCAUUGUUUUUAUCUCCGAACCAAGUCAAAUGGGACUGCAGUAAGCUGUCCAUUUUCCCGCUUGCGAGCUCUGCUUCCGCUACCAACCUUUCUUGCGUUUCCUCUGUGGAGCUUUGAACAAACAGCGAUUCUCUUCCAUCUGUCGCAGCUCAGAAGUCGGACCUGACCUUUGGACCCUCCAAGGACUGCUAUCCUGAAGUUUUAAGUUGACGGAAGCUAACCCAGGAUUCGUGAAACUUGAACAGAAGUCAUGAAAUCUUCAGAGAUGCCAUUGAAGCACAGCAGCAACAGCACAAAGGGACAAAGCGAACCAAAGAGACAGAAUCUCCAGAAGCCUCCUUUUCGACCGGUUAAGGACGACACAAAACCCAUCCUCCAGGACCCGAUAUUAAGAUCAGACCCGAUCGAGACAGAGGAAGCAGUGCUACGAUUGCCUCCAUUUGACGCGACCCAAUGAGCCUGCAAUUCAAUACAAGAUUAAACUGAAUCUGUGAAUUAUAUACUCGUUUUGAUGUCCACAGAACUCAGCUUGUCUGAAUGGCAGAAGCCUUUCUCCAGAUAAUUGCAAUUAAGUUGUUCGACUGCAUUAGACGUUAUCUCCACAUGCCAUUCUGAUAUGCUUGCAGUUCCUUUUAUAAAUUCACUGCUUGUAAUUGCAAUGCACAUUCUCAAGUUGAAAUAUCAUUGCUCGAAAAUGUAACUUGACGCUCAA